AGGGAGGGGACCAGUGACCCCCCCGCCCAGGCUUUGCCGUCGCGCGGUGCACAGAUAAGACGUCGCGCUUGCGCAGGCGCUCGGCGCAGAGGCUUGCGGGAAACCAAGAUGGCGCAUGGGGGUUCUCCAGGGCGCAGUUGGCACCUUAUCAGUAUCUAAGCGGAGUGUUUUGGAAGGAGUUAAGGGGCUGUGGCAAACGCCCUCUCCGCCGUCAUGGCCCGGCAUCGGAAUGUUCGAGGCUAUAACUACGAUGAAGAUUUUGAAGAUGAUGAUCUCUAUGGCCAGUCUGUAGAGGAUGAUUAUUGUAUUUCGCCAUCAACAGCUGCUCAGUUUAUUUAUUCACGGCGUGACAAACCUUCCGUUGAGCCUGUAGAAGAAUAUGAUUAUGAAGAUCUGAAAGAAUCUUCCAAUUCUGUUUCAAACCAUCAGCUCAGUGGAUUUGAUCAAGCUCGUCUUUAUUCGUGCCUUGAUCACAUGAGAGAGGUACUUGGAGAUGCUGUGCCAGAUGAAAUAUUAAUUGAAGCAGUUCUGAAGAACAAGUUUGAUGUGCAGAAGGCUUUGUCAGGGGUUCUGGAACAAGAUAGAGUGCAAAAUUUGAAGGACAAGAAUGAGGGAACAGUAUCUACAAGAAAGAUGGCAAAAGGAAAACCAGUAGAUUCCCAGACAUCGCGAAGUGAAUCUGAAAUUGUGCCAAAAGUUGCUAAAAUGACUGUAUCUGGAAAGAAGCAAACUAUGGGAUUUGAAGUGCCUGGAGUAUCUUCUGAAGAAAAUGGUCAUAGUUUCCACACACCUCAAAAAGAACGGCCCAUUGAAGAUGCCAUUGCUUCUUCUGAUGUUCUUGAGACUGCUUCUAAAUCUGCUAAUCCACCCCUGACGGUUCAAGCAUCAGAAGAGCAGAGUUCAACCCCAGCACCGGUGAAAAAGUCUGGCAGGCUGAGGCAGCAAUUAGAUGUGAAGGCGGAACUGGAGAAGCGGCAAGGAGGGAAGCAGCUCCUCAACUUGGUGGUCAUUGGUCAUGUUGAUGCUGGGAAAAGUACUCUGAUGGGCCAUAUGCUUUAUCUUCUGGGUAAUAUAAACAAAAGAACUAUGCAUAAGUAUGAACAGGAGUCUAAAAAGGCUGGCAAAGCUUCGUUUGCAUAUGCAUGGGUCUUGGAUGAAACUGGCGAAGAAAGGGAAAGGGGAGUAACCAUGGAUGUUGGUAUGACAAAGUUUGAAACCACAACCAAAGUUAUUACAUUAAUGGAUGCACCAGGCCAUAAGGACUUCAUUCCAAAUAUGAUUACAGGAGCAGCCCAGGCGGAUGUAGCUGUUUUAGUUGUAGAUGCCAGCAGGGGAGAGUUUGAAGCUGGAUUUGAGACUGGAGGACAAACACGAGAGCAUGGACUCUUGGUCCGUUCUCUGGGAGUGACGCAGCUUGCUGUUGCAGUUAAUAAAAUGGAUCAGGUUAAUUGGCAACAAGAAAGAUUUCAAGAGAUUACUGGAAAACUUGGGCACUUUCUUAAGCAAGCAGGUUUUAAGGAGAGUGAUGUAGCUUUUAUUCCUACAAGUGGUCUCAGUGGUGAAAAUCUAAUCACAAGAUCUCAGUCAAGUGAACUCACAAAAUGGUAUAAAGGACUAUGUUUAUUAGAACAAAUUGAUUCCUUUAAGCCUCCCCAGCGAUCUAUUGACAAGCCUUUUAGAUUAUGUGUGUCUGAUGUUUUCAAAGAUCAAGGAUCUGGAUUUUGCAUAACUGGUAAAAUUGAAGCUGGUUAUAUCCAAACUGGUGACCGACUACAGGCAAUGCCUCCUAAUGAAACUUGUACCGUAAAAGGAAUCACUCUGCAUGAUGAACCUGUUGAUUGGGCAGCAGCAGGCGAUCAUGUUAGUCUUACUUUGGUUGGGAUGGAUAUCAUCAAAAUCAAUGUUGGCUGCAUAUUUUGUGGCCCCAAAGAACCUAUUAAAGCUUGCACUCGCUUCAGAGCCCGAAUCCUCAUCUUUAAUAUUGAAAUUCCUAUCACUAAAGGAUUUCCUGUGCUGUUACACUACCAAACUGUCAGUGAACCCGCCGUUAUUAAACGAUUGAUUAGUGUCUUAAACAAAAGCACGGGUGAAGUCACAAAGAAAAAGCCUAAGUUUUUGACUAAAGGCCAGAAUGCAUUGGUAGAGCUGCAGACACAAAGACCAAUAGCUCUUGAGCUGUAUAAAGACUUUAAAGAGCUGGGGAGGUUCAUGCUACGUUACGGUGGUUCUACAAUAGCUGCUGGUGUUGUCACUGAGAUAAAAGAAUGAUGGGUCAGAAUUUCUGCCGUGUUUCCGGAUACAGUGAAAUAGCUAACCUCUGUUUCAAAGAAUCCAGUCAUUAAGUCAAAGGAACAAUGUGCAAUUGAUAUUUUUUUUAGAUGAGAGGAAAAAUUAAAGCUAAAAUUAGCUGCAAAGAAGUAUUAAUAAUCACCUCUGCAAAAAUUAUAAGUUGCCAACUGGCAAAGAAAGGCUAAUGUUAAAAACAACUUUCCCUUUGAAAUGUUAGUAAAUGGAUUUACUUCGCUGAGAUUUAUGGCAAGUGUCAAAAAUAGUAUCCGAAGAUACUGAAUCAUCAUGAAAUGAACUCUACUUCUGGCCAAAGCACAAAGUAUUUGCAGUUUUCUCUUUUGAUUCAAUUAUACUGCACAUGUUUUAAGGAAAAGUAACUUAACUGGGUUUUUCAGGCAGUUGAUAUUUGACCUAAGCUUUUUUUUUUUCCCGGUUAACGCUAAGAAAAGAUUUGGGAAAGGUUAUAAUAAAGGUAUUUUGUGGUGACCAUAAGAAUGUCCCUCCCCAAACAAGUAAACUUGUGAAAGUUUAAUUUGGAAUUAGUGGAAGCUGUUCCUUUGAAAGCCAAGAUAUUAUUUAAGUUGUAAAGCCAGCUAAUAAAAUGCCUUAGUGUGAGCAUAAUACAAACUGUGUUUUGUUCUUCAGACAUUUAUGAGAUUCUCUAGACAUUUAUGAGAUUCUCUGCCACUAACAUUAAAUAUGAUUUAGGGGUUUUGUGGGAUCUUUUCCACCUAAGAGUUUCCUAGUUCUGUCACAUGAAUUAUUUUUUAUCCUAAUGGCAGAUCCAAUUUCAUCUCAUCCAUUUUUUUAACCAUAACUUGCUUUUCCUAUUCUCACUUUUAGAAUUACACCUAUGAUGGCUCUGUCUUUAUCUUGCUUGCCUUAUAAAUUAUAAGUCCCCUGUGAGUAAGUAAGAGUCGUAUUUUUCUUUAAGGUUUCAACAACAAACCCCAAAGUUUACUUAUUUAAAAACAGGUAUUCGUUGAGGUGCCUCCUGGGUGCAAGGAGCUUUAGAGUAGAUUUUGACCUCAGCUGGACCUGGAACUCUGAUCUAAUAGACUAUUUAUGAUAAGCCUUUUUUUUUUUUUUUUAAUUAGAAAGCAGUGUGAUUUGUAUAUUGAUGGCUUAACAUAUACAACAGCAUUUCUUUUCCCCGCCCCUUUUCAUGAACCUGACAUUUUGAACAUAAGCAAUAACAUCCAUAUGGUAAAGUAGGCAGAUUAUACAUGUGCUGCUUAUUGGAUGAUUACCAAGUGAACACACUUGGUAUAUUUCUUUACCAAAAUACAUGUGUAGUUGUCACUUCAGAGUAAAUUCACUGAGUUAAGAAACUUUUAUUUAUAUAUUAAUAUUAAUCAGGAAUUUAACAGAUACAUGUGACAGAAAUCUAACUUCAAGUGACUUAAGCAGCAAAGAAAAAUUUUUGAAUGACAUAACUGAGAAAAUUAGAGGUAGCUCUAGCUUUGGUUCAGUUUAAAUCGAGCAGCUCACCCAAUGUUAGCAAGGACUCAUCUCCACUCUGCCUUCCUUAGUGCUGGUUUUGCCCUCAAACUCUAUACAGAACUCUUAGCCCAGCACGGUGGCUCACACCUGUAAUCAAAACACUUUGGGAGGCUGGGUUGGGAGGAUAGCUUGAGCCCAGGAGUUUGAGACCAGCUGAGGCGAUAUAGUGAGACCUUGUCUCUACAGAAAAAAUUUAAAAACAGAUCAGCUGGGUGUGGUGCCACAUGCCUGUAGUCCCAGCUACUCAGCAGGCUGGGGUGGGAAGAUCACUUGAGCCCAUGAGGUCAAAGCUGCAGUGAGCCAUGAUCGCAUCACUGCAGUCCAGCCUGGGCAGCAGAGCAAGACCUUGUCUUCAACAAAUAAAAAACCUCUCCUGUAAUGCCAGGUUCUUGACAGGAUGUGAAAAUUCCACACUUACAUCCUCAGAUCUUCCAUCCAGGGCAAGGACAGACUAAAAGAGCAUAUAUUUUCCAGAAAUCCUAGAAACAUCUCAUCAUUGACUCUGAUUGAAUUUUAUUUAUUAAUACUUCCCUAGGAUAUCCUGUGUUUGAGUGUGAAGUAAGUAUCACACAAAGCAUAUAGCUAACAGUUGUGGGAGGAUUGGAAAUUCAGGGUGCUGUUAGGAAGGGGAAAUGGAUUGGGGUUUAAGGUAGGGGGAGUAAAAACAAGAAACCAUCCACUCUGUAUAUUAUAUAAGACCAUGAUGGAAUUAAGAAUUUUAGUUUACAAUUUAGCAUAAACAAAUAGUAGUAGUAGAAAUUAAUGCAUUUAUUCAUUCCUUCUCCAAUAGUGUUUAAGUACAAUCUUUUUUUUUUUUUUUUGCAUUUUAUUGAUUGAUUGUGGUUGAAGGGAGUGGUGAUAUUAUUUCGAGGAUUCACUGUGUGAGAACACUGUUGGUAGUAGAAGACUUGAGUUAAUUAAGUGACAAAGAGGUAGAGCAGGCACGCCCAAACUUGUUUAUGCUCUGAUUUCCUCACCCUGUUACUUUCAUCCAUAAUUUAUAGUACAUUCAUUUUGUGUCAUUUUGCUUCAGGUAUUUCUUGUCCUGACUCUUCUUUUUUAUGAUUUUACUGUUUCUUCACACUAAUGGCUUUGUCCUCUGACUUUGACUCUUUGUGAGAUUCUACUGAGCAGUUAACCUCUAGGAUAAUGUGGCUUGAACACAUUACAAAACCGUUUUUUGACUUGUUAGUAGUAUUCACACAUUCAUGACAUUUGAGCCUCUCUACUGUGAGAAAUGUUUUAGAGACCAGUUUCUAGGCAUAGCUGUUUUUCUCCUGUGAGUAUGGAAAUCAAUACUUUUAACCGUUGUUAAAAUGCAAUCAUAGUGACUUCAGAAAAUUUGGAAAAUACAGAGAAGAGUAAAAUUAACCCACAGUUCUAUCACCUAAAGGUAGCUGCUGCCAAUGUUUUCAUGUAUUUCUUUUGUGUCUCUCCAAUGCAUUUUUUUACAUAGUUGUGAGCGUUAGCCAAGUUAUUUUCAUUUUAUGUAAUCAAUAGAAUUAUUAGAGGUAUUUUUUAUUGAUAUAAAAAUAACAAUUACAGAUCCUGAUGUGCAGAAAUUAGUCAAAAUUAUACAGUUUCCAAAAAAUCAAGACAAGUAGGCCCAGUACAAACUACUUAAUCGUCUUCUAAUUUCCCUCUAAAAUAGUUAUAGAAAUGCAUAAGAGAAAAACAUUCAUCCUUUCCUCAUCUAAUUAUGAGCCUGCCAUAUUCCAGGCACAAGAGAAAGCUGUCCGGCUUGAGUCUUAAUAGGGCUGAUAGUCCAACCAGGGGACAGGGUAUCAGAGAGAGAUAAUUCGAAACUUUACGAUUGGGGAGUAGGUGAUGGUAGAAAAUUCUGCAGCAAACAUCUGUUGAUGCUCAUCAUUUGUUGAUGUCAUCAAAGAUCACCAGGGCAUAAUUGUAAUCAAAAUUAGUUUUUAUUGAUGCUUGCUGCAGCAAGAGAGACUGCACACCACUGGGGUCUAUAGGUGCUUCUCCGUGGGAAGGUGUAAGGAGGGGCUUGCUAAGAAUUUGAGCACAUGUAGCUAAUUUUAAGGAGGGCUGAAGCAAGCACGGGUUUCUUCUGGAUUGAGUGAGUGCUGUCAGAAAGUGGGAGUGAUUUUGCAAUUGGGUAUCUUAAUUUUUGUGUUGUGGAUGGGAGGAAAGGAAAGAAGCAACAGUCAUCCAUGUUAGCCACAAGAAGAGGUUGGCUAUUUAUGGUUUGCAUAGUGACUUUGUUUUUGUCUGUGCUCAGGCAUGAUUACAGUAUCUCAUUUUAUCCGGAUUACGGUGACCUCAUCUGAUGUUAGAGAUUUGAGAAUUGUUAAAUGUUCAGCAGGAGAACACCACCACAUAGUGUGAAUGCUAGGUCAGAAGCUGCUUUUUCACACCAAAACCAUUUAAGUAUGUACAAGUAAGUUAAUAGUGUAAAUGUAGAUGUAAAAUACAAUGCAAAACAAAAUAAUGAAGUAAGUGAAUUAAAUUAUUGUGCCAAAUAUGGGGAUAUGAAAUAGGGAAAGAAAAGCAUUAAAUUACUUAUAGUCCAUAAAGGGACUACAUUAUUUUGUUAUUCUGAUAAUCCCAUAAAACAAAGUUUUAAGAAUGUUUACAGUAACCACGAGUGGAAUUAGUGAAACUAUUCAUAUCAAUGCAAAAAAAAAAAAAAAAAAAAAAAGGCAAAGAAACUAAGUCUGUACAGCAAAAGAUGGAAAGGAAACAAGAAAAUUAAAUGAAGACAAAGGUUGUGAUCAUUACAAUAAAUGAAAAUAGGUUUUUAUCUUUAAAAUGUAGACUCAAACUGCAAAGCUAAUGAUAUGCCAUCUACAAAAUAUUCCUAUUUUGUAAAUAACACUAUAGAUUUAAAGAAGAAAGGGCACAGAUGUACUGGGGAGACAAAAAUAACUGUGAUCUGUUGGAUGUCUACCAUGUGCCAAGCAAUUUUCAUAUACUCACUAAUAUGACAUAUCUAUAAUUAUAUGAGGUAGGUAUUAUUAACCUCAGUUGACAGAUAAGAAGACUAAAGCCCAGAGGGAUUACUAAAAACUAGUAAAUAAAUUAUGGAAACAUGAUUUGAAUUUAGAUUUAAGUCUGACUGAGGCAUGUUCAAAGACACUACACUGCCUCUCCAGAAAUCAGGAGUAGCAAUAUUAACACUGGACUAAGAAUUUAAAGCAAGUAAAAAGAAAAUUAAGGUAAGAGAAUUUCAUAUUAAUAACAAGUAUAAUGCACAAGCUGUACCAAAUGACAUAAAAAUGCAUAAUGAAAUUUAGACAUUAAAAAUUAAAGGACAUAAUUACAAUUAUUGAGGAAUUCUCAUAGCUCUGCCUUAUAGAUAAUGUAAACAAACAAGGUCAUAGAGGACUUAAACAGCAAAGCAGAAAAAAUGAACAUAUGUAAAAAGAGAAUGUACUGUUACAAGUUUCCUUCAAGAAUUGGAUAAUGAGCAGUGAUAACACUGCUCUUGAAGAGUUACGUUAUAAAGUGAACUCAGUGGAUCAGACUAUAGAUAUGGGAGUUGUCUUUUAGGUUUGGAAUCAUUUAAAUGGACUACAGAUAUUGGAAUUACUGGUUACAGAAUAUAAAAUAGCUGGCUAAAAUAUUUAAAUAUUUAAUAUUUCCUUAUAAGAGGUGAGUAAAAAAGAGACUAUAAAAUGACCAUAUGUGUUUUAAAAUCAAACAUAAUGUUUAAGUGUGAAAUAUAUAAUUGAAACUAAAAACUGUUUGAAUUAAACAGAUUAGAUACAGCCAAAGAAAGAAUUAGUAGCUGGAAGCAUAGAUCAGAGAAUUUACCCACAAUAAGAUAAAGACGAAUAAGUUCAUGUGGAAUGGAGACUAGAAUGAGAAGGUAUAUAUUAUAUAAAAUUAAAGUUUUAGAAAGUGGGAAUACAGAGAAUGGAUGUACAAUAUCAAAAAAUAGAGCUGUAAAAUUUUCCAGAAUUGAUGGAAGACGUGAAUUCACAAAGAGAAGCAAUACAACAUAUUUCAAGGAUGGUAAAUAAAAAGAAAUCCACUUUUAAGUACAUUUUAGUGAAACUGCGGAAUACUGAAGACAAAGAUUCUAAAAUUGGUCAUAGAGAAAAGUCAAAUCUACAAAGGAACAGGAAUUAACAACGAAAUGGAAAACAAAAAUAGCAAGAUAUCUGCAAAGAGUUAAAGAAGGUCUGUGCCAUUCAUAAGAGGGCUUAGUUAUCCAUGGAAUCUUGAGAAAGGUUCACAGCAACAAAUGCUAUUCAUUCAAAGCUCUGUCUCUCAGUCUGUUCCAACUGCUAUAGCAAAAUACCCUAAAUUACCCAGGUAAUUUAUAAUAACAGCCAUUUAUGUCUUAACAUUCUAGAGGCUGGGAAGUCUAAGAUCAAGACACCAACAGAUGUGGUAUCUGGUGAGGGCUCUCUGCUUCAAACAUGACAUCUCUUGCUGUGUCCUCACAUGGCAGAAGGAACAAACCGUGUUUGCAUGAGGCAGAAGAGCUGAAGGGACAAACUUGCUCCCUUAAGUGCUUUUAUAAGGACACUAAUCUCAUGCAUGAGGAUGGAGCCCUCAUGGCCCAAUCUUGUAAUUAAAAGGCCUCAACUCUUAAUACUGUUACAUUGGGAAUUAAAUUUCAUCAGGAAUUUUGCAAGGCCAUAAAUAUUCAAAUGAUUGCACUCUGUCCAGAAAGGAAAGACUCCCUGGCUGCCUUGGCCAGGCCAGGCCCAGUUAGGAGAUAAAUACAUAACUCUGAGCUAGAUUCAAAUACUGUUGAAUUUUGAUUUGUCUGAUGUCUCUUCUGGUUCCUUGUUGUUCCUUUAACUUUUACUGAGCUGCAUAAGUUCUGCUGAAGGUAAGAAUAAAUGUGCUGAAGUUUGAUUGUUUGGCAAUUCAAGUAGUUUAAUUAGAGGAAGGGAAUGUGCCAGGAAUGAGGACACAAGAAUCUGGGGGUUUUCUGAUAUACUUCUCAUAGUGUAUAAAUAAAUUGGAAUUUGGGUGUUAAAUAUUAACCUCUUGAGUUUAGUUAAACGAGCCUAUUCUCAGUAUAUUGACAAAUUCAGAUCCCAGAGCCUAUAAGCCAGAUAUCAAACCAUGGUAAUUUAAGCGAAAUACUGUUGAUGCCCCGAGAGCCUCCUGCAUGACAGCAUACUGACAUUUUCAUCUGAGGAGUUUUACUUGUGGCCUGACUUAUUUCCUUAAACACCUUCUAAAAUGUUCAUUUACAAAAAUUGAAUAAAGUAUUCUUAGUGAUGAAGAAAACCCCAGGUUAUCAAAAGCAUAAUAUUCAAAUGUUCUGUAUAUUAAAAUGAGUUUUUAGAAAUACUUUAGUCAUGGGACGUAUAAAAGACACUCUUCUAAAUAACCUAAUGAAGAAAAUUUAAGAUUAUUUUCAAAAAUGAAAGUGAGACUACUUAUUAAAGCUUCAGAUAGCUUUAUACUGAUGAUAGUUUUCUCUUUGUUUUGGCUGCCAGGAGGCUGGCAGCCAAAUUUGAGGCCCCAAACUGUACAGGAUCUUAGGCAUUUUGUAAACUACCCAUAUCCCUGGCUUUAUCUUGUUUGUGAGCACUUUUUCAUUCUUCCUAAUAUUUUCUCCACCCCCAACCUAUUAUAAUGUAUGUGUUUUUAUUUCUGUAAGUCAUCCCAAAUCAUUUGUGGAAUACAAAGUAAUAGAAAUAAAUCAGCAAAGUAAAAAUUUUUAAAAAUGUGUAUAACACAUAUACCUAUGUAUUACAUGUGUAUACAACAAAUGUAUUUUACAUAUAUGCAUGUGUAUAUGUGUAUAUAUUUGUAUGUAAUGGAAAGAAAGCAGUAUAUCCUUAAAUAUUUUUUACUAUAGGCCUAUGGGAAAACUAACUUAAGAAACAUUUAACUAAAAACCUAGAAAAGAAACAGAAUGACUGUCCUUAGGAAAUAUACCCAUGAGUCCAUACCAAUAUGAAUAAAUGAUUGAAUAAAUAAAAGGAGAUUGAAUAAAUAAGAAAGGGGAAAUGAAGAGACAAAUCUCCCUUGUAAAAGCAUUUCAAAUAAUUUAUGUAGAUACUUCACCUUCAUGGAGGUAGAACAUAACACUCCACUCCUCAUGUGUGGGGCUGAGCCUAGUGACUUCUUUCCAAAGAGUACGGUAUGGAAAAAGCAGUGAAAAGAAUUUUAUAAUGGAAAAACCUGACAAGUACUUCUUCAGCCAGGUGAUCAAGGUUAACAUCAAGAGUGAUGUCAUGUUGAUUAUACAUACCAAAACAUAUGUAUGUAUAAUAAUGUGAAGAUGGCACUUUUUCUCUUUGUUCUUCCUCCUAAAAACUCACAACACCUCUCUAAUCAUGAUAAAAACAUCAGGCAAAUUUUAAUAGAGGAGCAUCCUACAAAAUUCUUGGCCAAUACUCAUUAAAACUGUGAAGGUCAUAAAACAUUAAGAAAAAUCUGAGAAACUCAUUGCCAUGAGGACGUAAGGAGACAUAAGCAAGUGUAAUGUGGUGUCAUGAGUGGGAUCCUGUACCAAAGACAUUAGGUAAAAGCUAAGGAAAUAUCAAUAAAUUAUGGAUUUUAGUUAAGAAUGUAUCACUACUGGUUCCGUAAUUGUGGCAAAUGUAUUAUUCUAGUAUAAGAUGUUCAUAUUGGGGGGAAACUGGCUGCAGUAUUUCUAUAAAUAUAAAACUGUUCUAAAUAAUAAAGUCUUUAAAUUUU